CCAAACGACGUUAAUCUUGUACAGCUUGCACGCAAGUGCCCGCUUCAGAUGCUGCAUGCAGUGAGCUCGCUACCACCAAAUAAUUUCAAGGGGCGUCAACGGUGUUUCCUCCACCCGGCCGAUCGCCCGUGCAGAAGCGACUGAACAGACGCUCAUUUUCUGUCAUCGUGCCUCACUCGUCUGAGAAAUUGAUGUCAUUUGAAUGGAAAAUCACCUUCUUUGGUCCAUCAUGUAUAGUUUUCUUAGACUAGACUGUUAAUAUGUAAUUUGGAUAUAUCCAGGACUUUGGCAUCUUAGCAAGAGACGGUCAUAAACUGGAAAACGCAACCAUGCAACGCCAACGAACCGGUCCGUUCAAUAAUGCUGCUUCGGCAGGGACUGGCAGUAGCGGUACCUACGUUACUGGGACCGUUCCUCUGUCUCGCACUGGUCCUGAAACCAGGCCCCCAGCAGCUGCCGGCGGCGGAAGUACCACCCCAGCUGCUGCUGCAACAACUACCACAACCCCCAGCAACAACGCUGCAGAUAUACCACCUGGUUCAGACCAGGACCAGACAGUGCCCCUCGCAGAACAGCCCCUCAGUAAUGCUUGGGUUCAAGCCUUAGCUGCUGCCAAUACUGUGAACAGCAUGAAUCGCAAACGGAACCAAUAUGGCAAGAAGAAGCAGCACAUUGGGGUGCCCACGCGGCCCCCAAGGUCUCUCUUCUGUCUUACCUUAGACAAUCCAAUGCGAAGGAUGUGUAUCAGCAUCGUGGAGUGGAAAUAUCCUUUUCAAAAAAAUUUAAUUUAUGUAAAAGAAAGAAACUAA